UGUCGUAGCUUCGCCACCUUCUGACCUUUGUCGGACCCUUUUUGUAAUCUGCAGACGGCCGUAUGACAACUCUUCUUUCUACUACAGAAGCUUCAAGAUAUUGCGCCAACUCUUCCCUCGCGACUUCAUCGGCUGGCCCGUGCUGACAGUUGGAGCUGCGUACCACACACCACAACUCAGUUGCCCAACAUGCCUACUGUCACUGUACCGCUCAAGCCCGGCUCCGAUGGAGACUACACACACAAGCCCCCCGACAAUUCGAUCUGGACUAUUAUCGAUCCACCCACAUUAUAUUUAGAGCGCGUCGGAUCGCAAUGGAUGGAAGACCGAAACGAAGCAAAGCCCGGCAUCAAAUAUGUUCUUGAAAGGCUGCCUGUAGGCUACACGCUCUACCAACGCCCGCGCGCCAAUGGCACUGUCAAGGACAAAUACCUCUUCGGCCAUCCCAAUCACAAGUACUUCGACUCUCCAAACAGGUUCUACCCGCACUUCAAACAUCUUAUGGAGAAUGGUGGUAAUUCCAUAGGAUGUCCAUGCACCAUCUGCGAUCCUCGCAGCGGCGUUUUGCCUGGCAAACCUCCUUCGACAAGCGGCCAUUUCAGCACGAGAAAUUCUUCCACGAGUGGAUCAAGCUUGAGAAGAGUUAGCAUUGCGACCGCUUCCAAGGAAACCACCACCUCUCAAGCAGUGCAGGAGAAUGGUGUUGGGGCAUCAACUAAAGCGUCAUUGGGCCGCCCCAAAGUGACUCUUAUGGGCAUGGACGCUACUCGUGUUGAUGAAGAGGGGACGCCGGACAUUUAUCGCAAUCUUAUCGACAGGCUAAAACAUCACGGCAAGCUGGACGAAUCUAUCAAAGAACCGCUCAGUCUCGACUGGCGCGCUGAGCAAGAAGUCAUCCCAGAUCUGAUGAAGAAGGUGCAACGCGACCCACAAUGGAUCCCUCGCGUUGGCGACAUACUUCUAUACGUUCGUAAUGUCCCCGAAGGCUUUCAAAUUGUACAGGACCCUCGGACAGACGAGUAUUCACUCUACGACCCACGAAGCAAUGACUUCGGAGAAAGGGCUGUGUGGGAAGCAGGCCUGGUCGGCCAAGCGCCUGCAGUCCAUGGGCCUGCGAAUGAUGAACAGCAAUGGUACGUCAGUCAGACUGGUGUACGCAUGGAGCCCGUACCUAAUCCCAACGACACCAACAAGUCUAUGUCGAAACGCUAUACAUAUGUUCCAGUAGAGCACACGCGACCCUUCUGUUUGUGGGAAGAUUACAUUGGUUACGUCCCACGAGAUAAACGGCAUCCAACCAUCCAAAAUACGUUCACAGUUUCCGCUACGAUGUCUUUGAUGGGCAAGUAUCGCUUCCAUGGUAUAUGGCCAACUGCGUACAUCCAUUGCCAUGCCAUAUACGUCGGGUCCGAAUUGAUUGCAGUCGGUGACACUGUCCGUCUCGCGCCUAAAGCUGGAAUUGAUGAAAAAGUCAUCACAGACGUUUUGGUGGUGAAGACGAUUCGCCUCCGACUCUCUAAUCUUGAUAACGCAUCUGCAAAUGACUACGACGAAGGGCGGCCCUACAAUUCAGAGAUAUGGAUCUAUGGCUCCGGAUUCACUACCACAGCUUCACGAUCAAGCAGAGACUGGCUCAGUGAAAGCAAUACAGAGAUUCCAAAGUCGGCGUCUGGCUACGGAGCCUGGUUUCCUUUGCACCCGCCGAGCAAGGAACUUGCAGUGCCGUUCUCUAGGAUGAUUGGACGUCUGUAUGAGCGCGACGCCCUUGAGUCGUGGCUUUCUGAUCCGGAUCUAGAUAGUGGUCGAGACGGUGUUCUUGACGCACGGCACUUUGCUUCAAAAAAUGACAAGCGGAUCGUUUCUAAUGUGGGUACUACUUGGUUCUGGGCCGACAAUCGUGCGGAUGCCCUGGACCUACACACGAUCAAUGGCAUCGAUGUCGGAAAGAACGACAUUCAGCGCGAUCCCAGGGACUGGCGUAAGAGCAUCAAGAGAAUGGAGGCCGGCGCUACUUUCUCAGACCGGAGACUAGCGCCUCAAGUGCGCAGUCCCCGGGGACUUUUGGCGCCUGGUACAAGGAUCGAAGACUCAAAAAAAAAUACAUUGAGCAGCUCGGCGAUGACUUGCAGCAAGCGACGAGUCCUCGAGGUCAGCGACGAUGAUGAAGAAAAGAUCCGACGGCAAACUCGAAUCGUCACUGAUAUCCCUUAUAAAAGAUCGAAGAUUAAGGUCGUAGUCGACUAGGCUAACAAUCCAGUGGAUCUAUGAGUGGAACGUCGUCAUCUUCAAAAUUCUCAUGUGCGCGUCAUGGCCGCAGAACGCGCGCCGGUCAAGGUAAUGCGCAUCACGACAUACUGUCGAAUAUGACUCCUUUCCAGGUUACCAACGUCCAGCUGCGAGUGGAGAUACUCGUGCCUACAACCGCGUAGUGCGUUAUUAUGAUAUGGAUACCGAA